AUGGAAUACGCACCACUGUGGAAUUACUCCUUACCGGAGACAGCAUACAAUCCAGCUUCGAUGAGUGUAUCUUCAUACUUCGCUCGCCCCAAUAGAGUCGUCAAACCAAGCAGUCGCAACAGUAGCCCACGGAAUUCAGGAAGAAGGAAAACCACAACUGGUGCCACCCUCUCAUCGAGAACUCGAUCACUAGUCGACCAUCUUCGCUCCAGAAGUCAACAACAGCCCGACUUCGACAACUCUCGAUCACGACCUGUCAGUUGGCAUACAACAUACGAUGGCCUUCAUAUUCCUUUCGACUCCUGUACACCCGAGUAUGAUUCGUCUGCAUGGGACUUUACCACCACUCAAGUCAAUGGACUCGUGACUCCAAUAUCACACCCAGUUAUGAAUGAGCCGCAGAUUCAGGAGCUUAUGACCCCGCUUGACGAGGUCAAUGCUGCAAAUAUUGUCAUCGGACAUGGUAGUCAGCACUGCCUGAAUCAAGUCUGGCACGAUGACAAGCACUCUAAAUUCGACCGAUACACCUUUGCGCCGUUUGAUUCUUCAUUAUAUUCCUCUCAGCCAGCAAUGGUGAGUGGUGUCGCCACGGCGCCACCAUCGCCAAGCUAUCCGAGCGCUUCAGAAAUCAAUGUACAAGAUCUCUCGCUGGAUUCGAGUGAUGGAAAGGCACAAGACAAUCGUGAAGAAUUAGUCGGAAUGGGGCUCUACGAUUCUCCAGCCCAGGUACAAUCGUCGUCACUUCUUCUUGGGAACUUCGCUGGAUCUGGACAAACUUCACUGAAGCUUGCCGAGUCAUUUGAGCCGGUAGAAUGGGAUCCGGCUGCCGACCAAGAUGGAGAAGCAGAGGGCGAUGACGACGACGAUGAAGUCGAAAUGGACGAGGAUAUUGCUCAGCAGCAUAACCCUACACCCUUGGAUACUUCCGCGACCAUGUUCUCCUCUUACGACUCUCAAUCUGUCGCCAACCACAUGGCAUUUCCCACCCCUUCUGGGGUUGAUCCCCUUGCAUACAAAUAUCUCGCGACACUAAGCCAGCUCAACAGUGCGUACUAUCCCAAUUGCCAGUAUGGUUAUGGAUGGAUAUGA